UGCCACCGUCUUUGCCGUCCGGCUGCUGUGGAGGUCUGAACGCGGAAGCUAACGGCACAGAAACGCUGUUAUUAGAAUAAUAAUUCGGAGUCAUGUCUUUCCAGAUGAAAGACAAAGACGCGUACCAGAGACUGAACUACCUGUACCAGGCCGCGCACUGCGUCUUAUCCCAAAACCCGGAGAACGUGGAGCUGGCUCGGUUCUACUGCUUCACGCAGAAGACCAUCGCGAGACGUUUAGUCCUCAGACAAGACCCGUCGGUGAAGCGAACGCUGUGUAAGAAGUGCUGCUCGCUGCUCGUCCCCGGUGUCACCGCGUCAACCAGACAGCGAAGAAAGAAGCACAAGGCCCGCUUCACUGUGGUCCGCUGCCUCAGCUGUGGGCAGAGCAAGACGCUGCUGAAUGACCCGGAUCACCGUCUGUGGGUGGACCGGCCCGAGGCUCAGCAGCAGCAGCAACCCCAGCAACAACAACAACAACAACAACAGAAGCAGAAGCAACACCAGAAGCAGCCAGAUCCUUCCGUUAAAAAACAACCGAAAGAUAAAAAGCGCGACAGGUCGGCGGCGUCUUCCAAACCCGAAGACGCUCAAGGCUCCGCCGCCACGUAGCGUGAAAUACGAAGGACAGGUACUUUUCUUUCCUUUUUUUUUUAUUUAAAGAAAAGUGUUUAUGUUACACUUCUCCACGCUCUUGUAGUGUUUUCUUUUAUACAUUUAAUACGCCUUAAACGGCCUCCUGUGAGAUCGUUUUCAGAAUCAGUAAAAGCUUCUAAUACGCCCCUAAAACUUCUACGCUGAUGACGUGUUGUUAUAUAAUUACCAUUACGAUGCAUUCAAGAUCCCUUCAGUAAAAAUGAGCAUUAGGCGACGGUGAAUUGUAACGUGAAUGAAAACUGUUGUUUGAUGGAGAUGUUUUUUACAUGAAUAUAAAAUAGUUGUAAAUCAUGACCGCGUCGAUUUUUAUUUUAUUUUUAUUUUUAACGCACAGUGGUUCUGAAGGCUGAACGUUGUCACGGUGUGAAGGCGUGCGACACAUUUAAAGUGAGGAAGUGUUGUUGUUGUUGUUGUUGUUGUUGUCUUUUCUCCAAAAGUAGAACUUCCUCGAUGUUAAUGAUUUUAUUGAAAAGAAGAAGAAUAUUUAACAUUUUCUGUACAGUAAACAUCUCUUGACCAUU